AGAUCUCUUUCUUUGCCCUUUUUGUGCAAGUUUUCUAAAAGAGGAGAAAAUACGCCUAAAGUCAUCCUCCCUUCCCUCGUUUCUCGCCACUUUUCAACCCAAAUAGAAUGAGUCGCAAAUACGACAUUGCUAUCUUUGGCGCCACCGGUUUAACUGGCAAAUACAUCGUCCAGCAUGUGUAUGAACUCAGCACGCAACAACCCGGAUACUUUGCCGCCAACUUUGAGUGGGCCAUUGCUGGAAGAAACGAAUCAGCACUGAACAACAUUAUCGAUGAAUACUCGGCCAGAUACCCUCGCGCUUCAGUUUCCCGUCCUGCAGUAUUGCUUGCUGACGUGACGCGACGGGAUUCGCUCGAUGCCGUAACGCAGCAAUCAAAAGUACUCAUCAAUGCCGUCGGACCUUUCCGCUUCAUGGGCGAAUAUGUAGUCCGUUCAUGUGUCGAGCAAGGAUGUGAUUACGUCGAUAUUACUGGUGAGCCCGAAUUUAUCGAGCGCAUGCAACGGACAUAUCACGAUCAAGCAAAAGCGAAAAAUGUGACCAUUGUUCACGCAUGUGGCUUUGAUAGCGUGCCGAGUGAUAUGGGCGUGAUUUGGCUCAAACAAGCGUAUCAGGCUCGAGGUUGGACCCCUACUCAGAUUGAAAUGUUUCUUCGCAUCCACACGGGUCCCGCCGGCAUGCGAGGUGGCUAUGCCACAUACGAGUCAGCCGUGCAUGGAUUCAGUUCAGUGGAGCUGCUUCGAGAAAUCCGAAAAGCAUCCAAUUUGGCUCCGUUACCGCGUGUCAGCCCUGAUGACCGUCUGAAGUUUCAUAAAAGCUUAACAUUUGAUCAACGAUUGGGAUACCAUGUCCCUUUUAUGUUCGCCGAUCCGUCCGUGGUGCGUCUGUCGCAGCAACUCUUCCUAACCGGCUAUGCCACCAAAGAAAAAGACAACGAUGCCUUGCCAACCGUGCAAUUUGCCGCUUAUCUUUUGUUACCGUCACUCUUUAUUGCCAUCUUGUACCAUAUCUACGGGUUCAUCUUUUCACUCCUGGCCCCCACCCCAUGGGGACGUCGCUUGCUGCUAAAGUAUCCUGAACAGUUUUCCGGUGGUCUAUUUUCCAAACAGCACCCUACCGAGGACCAACUGAAUCAAACCAGUUUCGAAAUGAUCUUGCGUUCCAAAGGCAAGACUACGAAUGGAUCCCCGGAACAAGUCAAUUUACUUGUACGCGGCCCUGAACUUGGAUACGUGGCAACGCCUCGUAUUGUAUUACAAUGUGCCUUGACUAUACUCAAUGAGAAAUCAACAUCCAUCUCGGCCGGCGUACUCACUCCCGGGGCCGCGUUUUGGCAAACCGAUUUAAUUCGACGCCUUCGCACCGUUGGCGUCACCUAUGACGAACAAUGUCCUCCUGUAUCUUGAGCGAAAAUGCGGUUUGCUACUAUUCCAUGCAUGUGUCAAGGACCCGAUCCCAUUAUGAAACAAUAAAAAAAAAUGGAUAAGCAAACUACAAAGUGACGAGUGUCCUUGGAUUGGGG